UCCGGUAUGUUUCUGCGUCCAAUACACAGUCUAUGGGUCAAACCCUCGCAGAUGUGACAGGUGUGAUGCACUCAAAAUUAACAGUCACGUAAAGUAGUUUCAUGUUUAUUUAAAAAAUACUUCAAAUAGAAAGGGACUUGUAUUUUGAAGUCCAUCUGAAAGUCAAUGGUGGAGAGCUCUUCGACCGUGGCUGAGGAAUUUGCAGGACCCGCCGUUUGGAUUAGGUGAAGCGAAGUUGACAUCGAGUAUUCUGUAUUCAUAUCUCCUGUUUUAAAGAACUCAAGAAGGGCUACUGGUCUCUAAAAGGGAGAAAAUGAAGAAUGAGGAAGAAUGAUCAAAUGUGGAGAAAAUUGAACAGGCACAUGUAAUUUGUGUAUUGACUGGUGUCAGGCGUACAGUACAUUAUCUUGAGAUUUGCAGAUGGGAAUCAAGUGCGGGACUGGAUUGUAGUUAUUGGAUGUGGAAAGAUACAGAUGGCCACAAGAUGUCUGAUUACGUCUCUGAGUUGAGUGGGAAGAGGCUGGAGAUAGCAGAGCAGACCAGGAGGGCCACCAUAGAGAUAUUGCAGGACGCUCUGGAGAAGAAGUUCUAUGGCUUUCCUGUCAGUUACCGCUACUCCUGCGCGGACCCUGUGGACCCCUAUACGUUCUGCUGCAUCCCUACAGAGAAGCUCCUCACAGACCUGCUGAAGAUCAUGAAGGAGAUCCAGUUCAGACAGGACACAGGCCAUGAGUACAACGAUGUCUUUGCCUACGUCAGACCAGGUGUGAUACCGAUAGACAACAAUGUGUAUUUGUGCGAGCUUUUCUGGAGUGCCCCAGACAACCUGUGUGAAGAUUCCAAGCCGGGAACCCUCAUCCACGAGGUGUCUCACCUCCUGGGGACUGAUGACAUCACCUAUGAAUGGCAGACUGUGGUGCUCUAUGAAAACUACGGGACACUGCUGGGAAGGUCUAAGUACAUCAAAGGCGGUGAUGGAAAAAUGCACUGCAUGGAGCAUGUGGCCCAGGUGAAUGCUAACUCUCUGGAGUACGAGUUUGAGACCAUUAUCAACCACGAGCAGGCUUACCUAAACGGCAGGUAUGCCUGUUGUGGGGAGACCAAGGAGAAUUCUGUCUGCAGAUCCAGAGAGACAGGACAUUACCAUUUACACAAACAUUUUGAAGACAGGAAGAAAGCGAUGAAGGAAUCAAUGAGUGGUCUAAAUGGGGCAAUGCAGUUCACAAAAAUAAAAAAUGGGGCUUGCAGGAAGUCUGUCAUACCUAAGUGAACACAGCCAAUAUAAAGUAUAAUGAUAACAGCAUGGCCAUACAUGUACAUAAUAUCUUUUAAUAUCAUUCUGUCAAUCCUGAGUAGACCAUACUAAUACAGUAUCAAUGAUACUUGAGUAUUUGAGCUAUUUUGGGUUGGUUAAACACAUACUAUUCAGUGAAUUAAUCUUUGUCACACAUGUUGCAUUAUAUCACUAUGUAAGGGCACAAUAUGCAAUACCUACAUAUACGUCACUCGUAUCUAUGCUAUAUAUAACUAUUACAUACUUUUAAAACUACCAUAUAUCAUGUACAAUUACUGUAGUACUCUUAUAGUACUAUAGAACUGUAUACCUCCAGUGCUUGUUUAUCAUCUCUAUGACUGCUCUAUGGCUAUAUGUUCUUGUGUACUUUGCUAGGGAUAACAGCAUCUGCUAAAUAAAUAAAUGAAAAUGUUGGUU